UAAACAGAGGGCUGGGCUUGUAAAUCCAGUGCUGGUAUAGCACCAAACAUACACAGCUGUUGUGUCUGUGGACUUCAAGCACUUGGAGAAGGUCACGUCAACGUCGGACCGCUUCAGGAGCUUCAUUCAAGGUCUGAGGGUCUUCGGCACCCAUCAUGGAGAAGUUCCAGGCUGCUAUGGUUCUUGGAGGGGUGGGAGAUGCUCUGGGGUAUCGGAAAGGCCGCUGGGAAUCGUGCAUCUCAGGGACACAGAUCCAGAAGGAACUCGCAGAUCUCGGAGGUCUUGGAGCCUUGAAACUAGAUGCGGAUAACUGGCCCCUGAGUGACGGGGCCUUGAUGCACAUGACCACUGCUGAAGCGCUUGUCACAGAUUACUGGUGUCUGGAGGAUCUGUACAGGGAACUGGUUCGGCUGUAUGUGGAGGUCAUGGUGUGUCUGCAGGGUCGAGCUCCAGACCCCAGUACUGUCGAAACAUGUGUGAACCUCAAGCCAAACAACUUCCUGUUAGCCUGGCACACACCAUUCAAUGAGAAAGGUUCUGGUCACGGAGCGGCGACUAAGGCGAUGUGUGUUGGCAUGCGUUACUGGCAGCCCGAGCGGCUGGAUAAUCUAGUCGAAGUGAGCAUUGAAACCGGCCGAAUGACCCACAAUCACCCUAUAGGGUUUCUGGGAUCUCUAUGUACGGCUCUCUUUGCAUCAUACGCCAUUCAGGGUAAGCCAGUGGUGAACUGGGGUCGUGACCUCAUGACGGUGAUUCCAAAGGCCGAAGAAUACUGCAGGAAAACGAUCCGACACACGGCAGAAUAUCAUGAGACGUGGUUUUACUUUGAAGCAAAGUGGCAGUUUUAUCUUGAAGAGAGAGGAAUAGAGGAGCCCGAGAAGAACAAACCUGUAUUUCCUGAUCACUAUGAUGCUGAAGAGACCGAUAAGGUGUACAAGCGCUGGAGUUCAGAGGGCUGUCCGGGGCGCAGAGGUCACGACGCACCCAUGAUCGCGUAUGACGCUCUGCUCGCGGCGGGAUCAAACUGGGAGGAGUUGUGCAAACGGGCCAUGUUGCACGGAGGUGAGGGUAGUGCGACAGGUCUGAUCGCCGGCUGUCUGUAUGGGCUGCUCUAUGGUCUCAAUCAGGUCCCUGCUGGACUCUAUCAGGAUCUGGACAAACGAGAGAAACUGGAAGAUCUUGGAGCCAAACUGUUCAGAGCCGCAGCUGCAGAGAAGUAAUGCACCGGCACUGGCAUUGGCACUGGCACUGGCACUGGCAUUGGCACUGGCACUGGCACUGGCACGUCUCCACAUGCUGCUGCAGCAGAACAUUCAUAGACUGAUCAGCACUACUUUACUUUAUCUAGUUUCCUCUGGCACUUCAUCUGUGUAUUAACACACUGAGAGUUAAUCCCACAUUUAUUAAAGGUUUGCAUCGCAGCUGAUCUUAAAGUCAACAUCAAAUCAAACUAUAUACUUUCUUAAUGCACGUUCCUUUAAUCGUACAAAGAUCCAAAUAAAUGCAUUUUCAAAUAUUCAAUAAAACCAUUUUCCUCGAUGAAUAUCCUGUUUCAGUCAGAAAUGCAUCAGGAGUACAGAUAGGUUGUGCAUGUUUCAUGUUGACUUUAAAUGGCUGAAAGGAUUAUGAGUAGAAUACAUGUGAAUAAAUGACAAAACUGUGAUUGUCUGGUGAACCAGAAGGACUUGUGAGCAUUCAAUACAGCCAUUAAAUGUUGAGUUAUCAGCAUAUCUCAGGUGUCUGAAUGACUUUACACAUGACUUACACGAGAGGGCACUAAACUCUUCAUUGUGCCGCAUUGAGGCUUUGAGUUCUGCAUACUCAUAGGGCUGAGUAUUCAUACUGAUUUCCAGAUCUGAUGCAACUCGAUUCCGAUUUACAAACUCUCAAUUCAAUUUCAUUCCAGUUCAUAUUCAUUAAAAAGGUCCAUUUUGAAAAAUAAAUGAGUUCUCAGUUAAUGCUAUUAAUUAUACAGCGAACUAGAUACAUCAGGAAAAUAUUAACUUAACAAAUGUUAUUGUAUCAUCACUAGAUUUUCAUAAUUUUGGUCACAUAUUAGCUUUUUAAUAUUGUUUAUGAUGUGUGCAGGAGUGUUGAUUAUUCAUGAGAUGUUAAUCAUAAAUGAUCAUAAUUAAUUCAGAUUGAAAGUAACGUCCAGCAUCAUCCAAUCACUGUCAAUCAUGUUCAAAUAAAACA